GGCUGACAUAGGAGUCCUGUUCUCUCAGCCCAGACGAUGCCCGAGCUACCCUACGAAAUAUGGCUCGAAGUCGUCCAAUAUCUGCCUCCAGAGAAGCUUUUUCAGAUUGGGACGCUAAAUCGCCACCUGCGGAGCAUCGCGCUCGAUGAGCGGUACAAGAAAGCUCAAAUCCACUACCACGGGGAUGCGAAGACUCGCGAUUUCCUGACAUCAAUGAGACGGUCUCCAGUCGAGGUGGCGCCACGAGUUCGCAGCCUACUCCUCCGCCCACAUGCCUUUGGCGCGUCCAUCACGAUGAAGCCUGGUAGCGGGAGCAAGGAUGCCAGGUUCCUUCUCGAAAGCUUGACGAAGCUGGUCAAUCUGAGAACUCUAGACCUUCAAUGCUACCAUUACCGCAGCUUCCUAGCCACAGGUCCCUACAUCUCAGCAGCGUUUCGGGUGGCGUAUACCCACAGCCUCCAAAGCCUCCGCCUCCUCGUUCCACUGGAGGCCUACCGAGACAUGGGGUUGUCUACGAUAACCCUCAGUCACCUACGCCACCUCGACAUCAGGAUUUCGAUGGCUUAUCUGACUUCAGAUCCACACCAUUUGUGCCAGAACUAUCUUGCGCCGUUCAUCAACAACCACAGAGCAACCCUCGAGUCACUAACCCUCUCAAAUCUGAAUCAGAGCUUUCAUUACCCCCUUGACCCUAUUUUUACAGGCCUGAAGUACUUCUCACGUCUUUCGAGUCUCGAUCUCAGCUUCUUCUACGUCGGACCCUCCCAAACCAUGCUCACGGGAGCCCACAGCUUCCUCGAGGCCCAUUCAUCCCAGAUCCGAACUCUCAAGAUUAAUCUCGACUUCCUCCUACGUCACUCACACACCCUCGUUCCUGAGUGGAAGAUUCUCCUGUCCGGACCUCUAUUCGGCUGCCCCCUUCCACGCCUAAAGUCCUUGACGCUGGGACUGACCAAGUUCCCGGCCAUCAAAGACAUCGUACAGUACAUCUCCCUCCAUAAGCACACGUUGACCGAGUUCAACCUUACCCACAAGAUAGUCGUGUUUUCUGAACUUCAAACCUUUAUCUCGGUUUUUGAGGGAGGACCUCUCCGAUCCCUCUCAUUCCGCACGCGCAUCUUAGCUCCCCCUGUUCUGUCCUUGCUAUCGACCAAACUCCCCCAGUUGCAUCGUCUGAAGGUGUCCUACGAUACAUGGGGCGGGACGCAAGAGCUGGACGGCACGUUCUAUUUUCCAGGGUACAGCUCGAUUCCCUUGUGCGUCGAACACUUCCUCUCCGCCAUGGCCCGUCAGGACUUCUCAUCAUGGAGUCUCCGCCAUCUGGAUAUCGCCGUAUGCUACGACUCAGCUGGCAAGCUACCGCUGUGCUAUGCUGCUCUUGCGAAAUCAAUGCCUGGCGUUUGGACGUUCAAUGGGAUGGAUCGGAAGGAGUUCCUUGGGGACAAGAAGGUUCACCCCAAGAACCUCAACCACUGA